CAUUAAUAAAAAUAUAAUAAUCCGCUUUAAUUUAUGAACUUAUUUAUAUGAAAGAAAAUUGGAUUUUGUUAUGUUGGUACCAAAAUAAGAUGUCCAUUAAUUAUUAGUUCCUAAACAGAUGUGAAGAGGAGGGGCUGAUUGGUCACGUGGUUUCAGGUGCUGGAGGAAUGGGAACUGCCACGAGGGUUGUGCUGCGAUUGUUCCGAAACCGCCCUCACAGCAUAUCAGUUCAGGCAGCUUUGCAAACAGUCCGACAACCAUUGGAGGAGGUCCAUGGAAGUCAUAAACAAAGCCACACUGAUACCGCGCGACCAUAAAACCUUGUAUAUAUCGUACGCAGACGAAGUUGUAUAUAAAGAUGAUGGGAUAACGAAUUCAGCGAUGGCGGCCGCCAGACUUAAUGCCAUCAGGAAAGGUGCUAACCGGCCGAGAUACAAGAAGCACGUGAAAAUUAGCGGUGAAACGAAAUGCCGCGAUUGUGGCAAAAAAUUCCCUCUACCAUACUACCUGAACAGACAUCUGAAAAGCACACCAAAGCGGGCCUGCACUCAGUGUGGCGAGGUGAUGCUUAAGGAGAAACUGGCUAGGCAUUUGGAAACUAUACACCAGAUACAUGUUUUUUACUGCGACAUCUGUCACCAGCUGUUCAAUGACUUAUGCGGUUUGGGGCGACACAGGGAGGUUUAUCACAGAGAUAGCGCAUUGGAAUGCAAGGUGUGCAGGAACGGCUUCACCAGCGACAGAUCGCUGGCGGCUCACAUGUACUCGCACACAUUAUUUAACUGCUCGUCCUGCAACAGAGCGUUCGAGAAUCGCAAGUGCUAUAUUUACCAUAAAAGCGAAUGCACCGGAAGGAAGUCCUACACCCAGAACCUUUAUGAAUGUCAUGAUUGUGGUAGCAAAUACACCAAGAAACCCUCGCUGAGGAUACAUAUAGUGCAGAAACAUCUGAAUGUCCUGCCGUUUGUCUGCCAGACUUGCGGGAAGAGGUGUUCCACUAGGAACCAUUUGAGGUCUCAUGAGCUGGUUCACAAGACCGAGAGACAGGUCUACGAGUGUUACUGCGGUGCAAAAAUGCGAUCGGCUCUCGGCUUUGAGAUGCACCAGAGGAUUCAUUCGGGGGAGAAGCGAUAUGUUUGCGAGGAGUGUGGAGACAGGUUCCUCUCGGCCUCGAGGAGGUUGGACCACGUCAAGAGGAAGCACAGAUCUAAAGAGUUAGCCCACGGCUGCGACAAAUGCGAUGCCAAAUUCGUCAGGCCCUUCGAACUAAAAAAACAUUAUCGAUCUGUACACUUGAUAAAUAUAGUUAACUAGCGAUUAGGAAGAGUAGCGAGUAAAGAGAG